AUGCGCGGUAUUGGAUGCAACGGCAGUGUUGCUGGACAGUUGUGUGUUUACAGCGGCAGUGUGGCUGGACAGUUGUGUGUUUACAGCGGCAGUGUUGCUGGACAGUUGCGUGUUUACAGCGGCAGUGUGGCUGGACAGUUGUGUGUUUACAGCGGCAGUGUUGCUGGACAGUUGCGUGUUUACAGCGGCAGUGUGGCUGGACAGUUGUGUGUUUACAGCGGCAGUGUUGCUGGACAGUUGCGUGUUUACAGCGGCAGUGUGGCUGGACAGUUGCGUGUUUACAGCGGCAGUGUUGCUGGACAGUUGUGUGUUUACAGCGGCAGUGUUGCUGGACAGUUGCGUGUUUACAGCGGCAGUGUUGCUGGACAGUUGUGUGCUUACAGCGGCAGUGUGGCUGGACAGUUGCGUGUUUACAGCGGCAGUGUUGCUGGACAGUUGUGUGUUUACAGCGGCAGUGUGGCUGGACAGUUGCGUGUUUACAGCGGCAGUGUGGCUGGACAGUUGCGUGUUUACAGCGGCAGUGUUGCUGGACAGUUGUGUGCUUACAGCGGCAGUGUGGCUGGACAGUUGCGUGUUUACAGCGGCAGUGUUGCUGGACAGUUGUGUGUUUACAGCGGCAGUGUUGCUGGACAGUUGUGUGGUUCUGGACUCUUGGUGUUUACGAUCGCUGAAAACUAUGUUUAG